CCCCUCUCUGGUCGCCGACUUCGGUCCCACAGACUCUGUGUUGCAUUGAUCGAACAGCUUGGCUGAAUCUGAGCGCACACUGCUGGACUCGCUCUGGAUGGCCCCAUUAGGGAUAUAUUAACUUAGGUGGUGGACAAAAGAUCAUAUUUGGGACAGGUUCUUGCAAGGUGUUCGCGGUAGACCUAGAUGGCAACGCCCCACAGAUUUUACUAACUCCAGAUGAGACUAUCGUCGGCAGUUGUGAGGAUGACAAUAUCCCAGCCCUAGGUCUCUAUGAGGAGAGUCUUGUCCCUGUGGGCCGCACAUUUUUUUUUGAGAUUACACAGUACAACUCAGACACUCACAACAUACGCACACUCACACCCCUAUGAAGCUUAUCCAAUCACAAACAGAUGAAGCUUGGUUCGACAUCCUCAAUUGGUUACCAGCCCGCUCUGUUUGUGAGUUGAGCUUGGUCUGUUGGGAGUGGCGUGCAAUGAUCAUGUCAGAUCACUUUAUCCAAUCACAUGUUAUUUAUGCAAACUUGAAUAAGAGCCCUCGGAUCAUGUUCAUCUUGGAUCCCCGCUUUGGUGAGUACAUGGAUUUGGAGAAAUUCACUGGUGUACAUAAACCAAUCUUAUGGGGUUUGGAUUUUGUAUGUUCCCAGCCUUGCCACGGACUUAAUGUGGGGAGCUACAGUUUCUGGGAUUUCAUAUGCAAUCUUGUCGUAGGUUAUUGUGAGCAUAUAGAAUUUGAUGAUAAUGAUGGCACAUUCUUUGGCGGUCGCAUUGGAUUGGGGUACAACUUGGAGAUUAACAAACAUGUUGUUGUGCAUAUUACAUACAAACAGAAGGACCUGGAAACUAGAUACUAUGAACUGCAAUGCAAAGUGCGAUAUUUGGAUGACAAGCUAUGGCGUCCACUAGACCCUCCUCCCAGACCAGUGGCUUCCGUGUCACCCACUUUCGUUGAUGGCAAGAUCUACUGGAUGGUAGAGCAAAAUCUUGGGCCAGUUUCUGCAAGAAGUGAAAUCUUGGCUUUUGAUGUCAAGUCAGAUGAAUUUGACGUCCUGCAAGGUCCACCAUGCAACAAUGACUGUGGGCGUACGACCAUCCUCCAGCUUCAAGUUGCUCUUUGUGUGGCUUGUUCAGAUCCAAGCACGAACUCAAUUGGUAUAUGGAUGAGGAUGAUGAAAGAUUGUGGCAGUUGGCUAAUGGAGUAUCAUAUAGAGCUCAGUGAAUUCUUUCCAGAUUAUUUGUCAGGUAACACUACACCAUUGGCUGUUGAUCCAAAGGAUGGCCGGAUUUUGCUCCAUGGAGGUUGGUCACUGGGCUACUAUGACCCCAAGACGGCAAUAAUUGAAACGAUCUACACUGUGGAUAUCUCAGGGCAUUGCUGCAAGUUGUUUCCUAUUAUCUGCCAUGAAAGUUUAAUCUGCCUGCUUUGUCCAUUCUAAUCAGCAUUCGUGUAUUUCUUUAAAGGGAGGGCAAAGCAUUGGUCCAUAGCUGAAUCUACGUGGGUGCCUCGUUAUCUCCUCAUGCUCCUAUUUAUCCUUGGUCUGACUUGUGAGAAAGUUUGUAAUCUCAGCAAGGUCAGCAAGACUAGUGGGUUUUAGUAAUUAUCUUGUUGAAUGCUUUGUGCUUGCAAAAUUGCUUUAGUUUCUUCGACCUUUAACAUCAUGAUUUUUACUGGCAAGUUAGCAUUUUUAUUUAGUUCUGAAAGUUAUGUGGCCAUCGGAGGACUUUCAGGCUCAUGGACAGGGAAAUGCAAACGACAGUUCCACAGAAGACGAGUAAAAUUUGUGCAACUUUUGAUCCGCAUAAGUUGACAUGUGGCUUGUUUGAUGUCCUUGCUGAGCCUUGAUUUCGAAAUAUAUCUAGUCUUUUAAUUUGUUGAGUUUGGAAGUAGCUACUUUUGUUCCUCUUUAAUUUGGAAGUGAUGAUUGUCUGUCUUGGUUCCUA